AUGAUCAAAUACUUUGAUAUUCUUGUGACUAAUUCUGGUACAAAUAACAUUGGUGCUUUUUUCGGAUAUGAUAAUGGAAGUUUUGCCGAUCAAAUCACUUUUUCAACUGGUGCAAAUUCUCAUCCAACAAAACUCAACUGUGCUGAUUUCAAUGGCGAUCAUUUUCUUGAUAUUUUUGUUUUCAACAAAAAUCUUAAGCAGUUCGGUAUUCUAUUUGGAUUUAAUAAUGGAAGUUUUAUAUUAACAAAGACUUAUUCACUUGAAAAUGAUUCUAAUCCCGAAUCAUUUACCAUUGAAGACAUCAAUAAUGAUAAGCAACUUGAUCUUAUUGUUGCGAAUUCGAAAUCCAAUAGAAUUGAUAUUUUUCUCGGGUAUGGAAAUGGAAAUUUGACAUUUGAUAGAAGUUAUUCAACAGGAAUUAAUUCUCAGCCGAUAUUCGUCGUUAUUAAUGAUUCAAACAACGAUAAUCAAUCCGAUAUCAUCGUAAUGAAUUUUCAGGGUAAAAAUAUUCAGAUUUUUCUUCGUAAUGAUGAAAAUACAUUAUCACAUGGUUUCACUUAUUCAACAGAAGUUGCUUCUGGUCCAUCUUAUGUAGCUGUAGGGGAUUUAAAGAAUGAUAGAUAUUUAGUUGUUGUCGUUGCAAACUAUGCAACGAAUAACAUUAGUAUUUUCCUUGGUGAUGGUGAUGGAAGGUUUUCAUCUCAACAAACUUAUUCAACUGGAAGAAAUUCUCAACCAAAUUCCGUCGCGAUCGGAGAUUUGAACAGUGAUAAUCGAUUAGAUAUUGUUGUUUUCAACUGUAAUAAUGGCAACAUUGGUGUUUUUCUGGGUUAUGGGAACGGAAGUUUUGCUUCUCAGAAGACUUAUUCAAUCGGAAUCAGUUCUCAUCCACAAAUGUUGCUCAUUUAUGAUUUCAACAAUGAUACUUAUCUCGAUGUUACAGUUAUCAGUACAUAUUCACCUAGUUUAUCUAUUUUUCUUAAUAAUGGCAAUGGUACAUUGCAAACCGAAUAG